UUAUCAUACACAAAUCUCAAAUUUCAUAUUAUUAGUCUAAAACAUUAUGCAUUAAUACCAUAAACGUUUAUCAGUACUUAACUUCAAAUGGAGUUCCCAUAUGGAAAGAUAUUUUUCGAAAAAGGAAGUAUUUAUGGAUUCGAAAACAGUUCAUAUAAUGACGAGGUUCCUCUUCCUCCAGGUAUUUGUGGAAGACGGCAGCAACUUGGUGCAUAUUUACAGCCUUGUAAUCGAUAUGGAAAAGGGAUGUCUUCCAACCAAGAUUACCCUGAUUACCUCAGUGUACAAGGGUCCGUCAGAAGUAGUUCGCACAUUGAUAAAGUAUCAGAUAAAUUUCACGAUUCGCAAGGCAGCAAAUACAUCAUAUACAAAGGAGAAAGGAGACAUAACAAUAGAAACAGAGAAGAAUUGAAUGAUAUUGAUGAUAUUCGCAUAUAUUCAGAAAUAGGAGAUCCAACAAUAUUAAGUACGACUGAGCAGACAGGCAUCGAAGGUUUUGAUCAAAGAGUAUAUGUAGAAGGACAAUUAAACAGUUAUAAGAAAGAUACCAACAAGGAAUCGAAACAUUCACCGUGUUCACCUUGCAAAAUAAUUGUCCUCAUUACGAUUACAGCCAUUCUACUAUCUUCCUUUGGCUUGGGAUUUUAUUUCUUUGUUCUCAGAAAUAUCAGUACAGAUGAGAACCUUACUUCUUCGGUGACAGAGACAACGAUUAAAACAAUGGAUACGUCAACAUCUGUGCCAGACGAAAAAACUACUUCUUCGCCAACAGAAACAUCGACAGCGAUCACAAUCAUGGAUAGGACAUCAACUGUGCCAGUGUCACAACCAAGUACGUUUGUAACCAUAACCAGUGGGAAAGCAUCAACAGAGAUAUUUACCAAUCCGGAUUCUUCUCUUACAACACCUACAGAUGAAGAAAUAACAUCAACAAAAGAUAUAAGCUCAUCGCUAGCACAAAGUUCGACAACGCAAUCUUACUGUUCGCCUACUGGUAAUACGAUUUUACAACUAAGUCCUGACCAAAUUGCUAAUCUUGGAAUGUACAGAAGUUGGUUUCUUCAUAGUUGCGAAGCCGACAUUGGCUAUCCACCAGGCAAUUUAAGCAUUGAAAUUAUGAAGUCAGGAGAAUUAGAAUUCAGAAAAUUAGAUGUAACAAUUGAACGAUCAGAGGACAACAAGACAUCAUGCGAAUUUCAUAGAAAAAUAGAAUUUGGGAUACUAUUUACAUCUGAUAUGGAGAAGGCUAUCAUCAGAUGCAAAGUAAUGAAUAAAUUCUUCCCAGACUCUUCGGCUUUUUAUUCAAAUAAUGAAACAAUUUUACUUAUACCAGGUGAUGCGUGUAAGGAUAACACUGUAUCACAAAGCUACCGUGUACAUCCUACCAACUGUCAUUAUUAUAUUGAGUGCCAGAAUAAAGUACCUUAUGGUCGGGCCUGUCAGUACAACUAUUGUUUUGGUAUAUAUACAGUAGAAACGUGCAGUCCUUGCAAUGAUGUUACAUGUCCAGCAACAAGUAUCUCCUGUACAAAUACGACAAUCGUUCAGCAGCAGAGCAAAGUUAAUAUGACAUUACACUCUGACCAAAUUGCUGGUCUAACUUCCCCAAGAGCUGCACACCUCCAUACUUGCACUGGUUUCAUUGGCAAUCUAACGGGCGAAAUAAGUGUUGAAAUACAAUUGGAAGGAAACGAUAAUUAUCAAACAAUAAGUCCAAGUUAUACGACCGAAACAGAUACAACAGAAAACUGUGGAAUAACAAGAGUCUUCAAGUUUUGGAUUGGGUUUACUGUGGCUAUGUACAAUGCAAACAUCAGAUGUAAAGUAACAAAUGGCCUUUAUCCAGAUGUUUCGCCAAAAUAUUCUAGCAGUGAAACUCUUUACCUUGUUUCAAGUGAAUUUUGUAAUCAGAAUUUUGAAGGAACCAUAACUAAUAAACAUCAUCAUCCAACAACCUGUCAUAGAUAUGUUACAUGUGAAGAUAAAGGACCCUCCGUGCAAGCAUGUCCAAGCAGUCUUUGCUUUAGUUUAGAAAAAGAUUAUUGUGAUUUUUGCGCUCAAGUAAAAACAUGUCUAUAACAAAACCAAUACCUUGAAACUUGUUUGAUUUUUCUCUGUUGUAUUCAUAUAAACAAGUUUCAAUUGAUGCUCUUGAUUAUUGUUGAUCAACUUCGAACCAUUGCAGUACAAAACUAUCAACCCCAGUAUAAAUACAUUAAAGUGGCACUAGCUGUCAAAUUCAUGUUCACCGAUUAGAUUCAAAUUCUCAUAUUUGAUUUAUAACCAUGUUAAAUAUUUAUCCAAAUUAUAAAAUGUCUAAAAUAAAGUAUUAACAGGGCAUAGGCUCGAUAAUAUGUAGCUUCGUUUCGUGUGUAUUUUAGUCUUGACGCCGUCUAAUUAAAUAUCGAGUUGACCUCCGAAUACCUCCAAUGGUCAUAUAAGCGAUAUAAACAUAAAUAUAGAUAUAAAUAGAAAGUGAACUCGUGUAAUUGGAUUUUUCUAGGUCUGUUUAAUUUCAUAUUAUAGAUUAAAAAUAUGUGUUAAUCAUCGUUUUUACCUGUAUAAAAAUGAUUUUUGGUGGAUCGAAUCAGUAAAUCAAACGAUUUACCUUUGUUUCACUUUCAAUUUUGACAUUCUUUACCUCAAAAUAACUUAACACGCACAAUGCAUGCGUUAGCCUUCUCUAGCUAAGGAGUUAAAUUGAAUUUCACAUGAAUACGGAUUCAAUGAGGUCGAAUUAUUUACUUGCAAGUGAAUAAUUCACCAUCAAUGUUUCUUAGCUUAUUUUGACAAAAUUGAACCAUACUGGCUGCUAAAAGCGAAUUAUUAUUUCACUAUUUCACUUUCAUUAUUGAUUGAACAAAAAAUAUCAUACUUUAGAUUUUUUAUAUAUCUCGUAGCUAGUGCCCCUUUAACAUAGGUAACUAUUAUAUUCAAAAAUUUACACAUACAAACUAUAGUCUGCAAUUAAAGUGCUAAUUAAUGCAGAUUAAAUGUAGUUAAUUAAAAAUAUGUUUUCACUAUACUUAGCUACAAAAUACAUUUUGUUUAUUUGUUUUAUAAUAUAAUGCUCACACUUGUGUCUGUACUUAUGCAGUAUCUUAACAAGUUGCGAUGUUUUGGGUUUUUUUUCUAAUCUACAUAAGCCAAUGUUUACACAUGCUAGUAAACUUUGCUUUAAUUGUGACGUUACCAAUGACAAACAAAUACAUAUAUUUCGGAGGACAUGAAAUGACACUGUCUCAACGAAAAAAUUAGUUGCUUAUGAUAACAUCUUCCUCAAGUGCUUGUGUUGUCAAAGUAUAAUUUCAGACUGCAAGAUAUAGAAACUUAAAAAAUGAAAAGGCGAUUAUAUAUUAGAGAAAUAGAUGAUUGGCCCAUCCCUGAAAUUUGUCGAUUACUUGACCUAUCGUCUUAAUAAAAUAUGAGUUUACUGUACUGUAUAAAUUGUUUGACGAGCUAAAAAGGGUUUUUAGGCUGUUCUUACUUUCUGUUAAGAUCUUUAUUAUAUUAUUGUCAUUAUUGUCAUAUAGACAACUGCUGAUGAUAAUUAUUGAGUGCAUAUCUUAGAGAAAUAGCUAUGAUGUCAGCAAAUAUUAAGUUUCGUUUAACAAUAAACAUAUUCCUUACUGCGUCAUCUAGUUGUUAACAACUGCCAUAAAUAGUACAACUAUUCUAUGUAGGUUUAUGCAUGUGUGUUAAUCGUCAAAUGAACUAGGUGAUUGACCUGACGAAAUUGCGUUGUCUUUUUUGUUGGAGUUAUAUAAACUUGUAAAAUUACAUUUAUUUUGAGAA